CAUCGAUAGGUGCCAACGAUGUUUCUCACCUCUAUCUUGGCCACCUUAACUUUACUAACUAAACUUGCGGCCAUUAAAUAAAUUUUAGAUAUCUCAAAAAUGUUCAAAAAAUUCGAGGAAAAAGACAGUAUCUCGUCGAUACAACAGCUAAAAUCGUCAGUACAGAAAGGCAUACGUGCGAAAUUAUUGGAGGCAUAUCCAAAGCUGGAAACUCACAUUGAUUUGAUACUACCCAAGAAGGAUUCAUAUCGCAUUGCAAAAUGUCACGAUCACAUUGAAUUGCUGCUAAAUGGAACCGGCGAACAGGUCUUCUUCAGGCAUCGCGACGGUCCGUGGAUGCCCACGUUGCGUCUGCUGCACAAAUUCCCCUAUUUUGUGACUAUGCAGCAGGUGGACAAGGGUGCCAUACGCUUCGUCCUCAGUGGCGCCAAUGUCAUGUGCCCGGGCUUAACAUCGCCGGGCGCCUGCAUGACAACGGCGGAUAAGGGCACCGUGGUUGCCAUUAUGGCCGAGGGCAAGGAGCAUGCGCUAGCGAUUGGCCUACUCACAUUAUCCACAGAUGAUAUUUUGAAGGUGAACAAAGGCAUUGGCAUUGAAACGUAUCAUUUUCUCAACGAUGGCUUGUGGAAAUCGAAGCCAGUCAAAUAGACGACGGAGUCGAAGUCAAAUUCGAAGCCUAUGUCGAAGCAGCACUCACCAUGCACAUUCGUCCUACAUACAACAGAAGAAGAAGAAAGAAAACAAAAACGUCUUCGUCAUUGUCAUGAGAGCAAAGAAUGGUUUUGAUAUGCAAUUCUAUAAUUUGUGUUGAAAUGUUUUUUUUUUCUUUAAAUUUAAUGCGCAACUUAAGCUAUUUUAAAUUAAUUCGAAAUACAUUUAAAUAAUGGCAUUUGAGAGCAAACCCACUAGUGUUGCCAUUUUGGCGAAUUUCACAUCAAAUCUG